AUGUUGAAGACUUACAGUCAAGACAUUCUGGAAGAUGGGGAUGCAGGAAUUCCAUUUGUACUUUUUGCUAUCAUGGGAGAUGAGUGCCUGGCAGAGGCAAGUGGAGGCAAAGGUGGAGCGAGGGCAUCCCGGACAGAAGCAGAUACACGGGCAGAGCCCAGAGGAGGUGGAGGACGGCGUUUAGGGCGCAGAACAGGGCUGGCUUGUUGCCACCAACGUCGCUGCUCUGUCAAGCAGCUGAAGAAGAUCCUAUGGGGCUCAGCGGUCAUCCUCAGCGUCUGCUCAUCCUGGGCAGGCACCAGCCAGCUCGCCAAGAUCACCUUCAGGACCUUCGACGCCCCCUUUACAGUGACCUGGUUUGCCACCAUCUGGAACAUUCUCUUCUUCCCAUUAUACUAUGUUGGCCACUUUUGGAGUUCAGAAGAGAAACAAUCUCCACGGCAACGAUUCCGGGAAUGUUGGAGGUUUUUUGGGGAUGAUGGUUUGACCGUCAAACUAUUCUUCAGCAGAAUGGCCCCGUUCUGUGUCCUGUGGACCUUAACGAACUACCUGUACUUGCUAGCCCUGAAGAAAAUCAGUGCGACAGAUACGUCUGCUCUGUUCUGCUGCAACAAGGCCUUUGUCUUCCUGCUCUCCUGGAUUGUUCUACGGGACAAAUUCAUGGGCGUUAGGAUAGUGGCCGCCAUCUUUGCCAUUGCAGGGAUAGUGAUGAUAACCUACGCUGAUGGUUUUCACAGUCACUCUGUUAUUGGGAUCACACUGGUUGUAGCAUCAGCAUCCAUGUCAGCUCUUUACAAGGUCUUGUUUAAGAUGCUCCUGGGCAGUGCCAAGUACGGUGAAGCAGCUUUGUUCCUUUCGGUGCUGGGACUUUUCAAUGUCACCUUCGUCACCUUUGUUCCGGUGGCCCUUUACUUCACUGGCGUUGAGUACUGGACCCCAUUCAGCCUCAUUCCUUGGGAGAAACUGUGCGGGAUGGCGACUCUCUUGCUGUCCUUUAACAUCCUGAUGAAUUUUGGGAUUGCUGUCACAUCACCAACUCUGAUCUCGGUGGGAGUGGUCCUCAGUGUCCCUGUGAAUGCUGUGGCUGAUGCCUACUGCAGUGACAUUGUGUUCAACAGUGUGCGGGUAAUCGCUGUCCUGAUCAUCUGCCUGGGCUUCCUCCUGUUGCUGCUGCCCGAGGAGUGGGACCGAAUGGCCCUGGACUUCCUGUCCCGCUUCAAGGUCAGGAAGAAGGAGGAGGCUGUCGAGGAGCAGGGAGAAGCUGGCUUCGCAGGACAGAGCCGAAACAAGGGCUCACGAACCUCCACUGCCACGUUUGCACACUCAUUCUAGUCAGCGGCCUGGAAAUUACAACCAAGCUCGUGGUGAUGAUAAAAGGCAGUGAACAGCACACAUGAUGAACUCGUGUUCCAUAUGGGGGUCUGUCUGGUAGGGCGAUUGUAACGUGUUGGACAUGUCUGGUCACUUGCAUUUCUCGGGACCCAGUCACAGACUCACGGUCACUGGAGGGGGGGGGGGAGGGGUAGUGGACACCACUGAAGGGAAACGGUGAGGAAAGGCCACGCAACUUCUGACAUUUCUUUUAGUUACUGCCCAGGUUUUCAGCUGGGGAUGGGCGGCUGGCGGUGACCUGACCUCAGGAUGGGGUGAGCUAUGGCAGACUGGUGUUCCCAGCCCAGUUACCCACUCCCAGGGGAUACAGUGCCAACCUGCUCGGAGAUGGUCCAGCUCUAGUAUGGGAGGGGGCUGUGGAGGGGUCGAGGGGUAAGAAAGGAGGUUAAUUCUCUGUUGGUCACCAAAUGCACGUUUCAGCAGGCGCUGCAGUAUUUUGUUUCUGUCACAAAGGUUCAGGUGAAUUUUGUGAAGAGUUAAUGAUAGCUGUACUGUUGCCUGCCUGAGUUCUCCUCUUUGGGAUCUGGGAUAUAUUUUAAUUGGUGUUCCCAACAUGUGGCCUAUGUAGUCCACCACUGAAUGUUUAAACCCCAGAACUGCCACCUGCAUUAUAAGGGCUAGUGUCAGCACUCCUUUAGAGAGCUGUAUCAUCCUUCCUUUUUCUCGGUGGUGACUAUUGGAGGAUUUGAAGUUUAAGGGUGCUAUAAAUAAAGGGUAUCUCGGCAGGAUUAUUAAUGUGCAUGCAGUGGGGGGUUUAAUUAACACCAUGUAAAGGCAUCAGGGCCUCUGGUCUCUGACAGUGAGGUUGGCAAGAGUGAUUUUCAGCACUUGGGCAGGCAUUAUCACCCACCACACAGCGUGCCCACUUCCUACCCGACCCUACUUUCAAACCAGCCUGUUAUUGGACUCCUCUAUCAACCAGACAUGGUGUUUAAAUAUGCAAUCUAGGAUCUAAUCAGACUCUUCCCUCUUACACUAAUGUGAGGGGCUCUUAUAGUUUAACAGCCAUUGUUUCUUUCAAUGUUACUUACUGAGGCUUGGGAGGGAUGGGAGUGUUGGGGGUGUGGGAUGCUGUGGCCCACAGCCAGUCCCCAGCCUUCAGCCCCUGCUCUUCUCCCUGGUCAUCCUCUGUCUCCCAAAUUGGAGAUAUAGAGGAUUCCACACCUUCUCGAUUCCAGCCCCUCCCUCUCAUAAUGCCUUUCCAAUUCUUGGGAUCACUCUUGUUCAGCCAGGGGAACUUUUAAGAGGUGCUCAUAAAUGUGAGGGUUGUGGGGGGGAAUGUGAUCCUGGGAGAGUUAAACAGGAAAAGUCAUUUUUCCAAAGGAGGACUGGUAUCUUUAGCUAACAACAAAAUUAGAUGCGGAGGGGUGGGGGAGCAGGUAUUUAUUAUCUGAGAUUUGCUCACUGCAUUCCAGUUGGGAUUAAUGUGGACAGGAUUUGGACCCACCCCUGUUGAUGUCAGAGGGGUUGUCUCCCAGAGAAGGUGUUAAGUGGAGGUAAGUCUCAGUUGGACAUUGGAAGAAGCGCGAUUACUGCAGACUUCAGUUUAAGGUGUUGCCUCGGACAGUCAGGCACUCACUCUGUCACCCUGAAUGUUCAGUCACUGCUCUGGGUGAGCAUCAACCCCUGACCUUCUAACUUCGCGAGGGAGAGUGUUACCCACUGAGGCUCGAGCAAUCUAACCACUCUCCUGUGGUGACCUAUUGAUCAUGAUGGUCUCUUUAUGGCUUAACAAAAAUGUGACACCUCGUGAAAUCAAACAUUGGUGACCAACACCAAGUCAAACACUACCAGGAUGAUCACAUUAGAACAUCAGAUACUUAGCAGCCUGUGGCCUCUUUGCGAUUUUUACUGACGGAAGCCAAGAGAAAGCAGUUUUAAGUCAAACUUGCAUGUUUUCAUUAACAUAAUCUAAUUUAAUGUGUCUGAAUGUAUGUUUGUGUUUUUUUACAACAGUCUUAAUGGUGGCUGGAGGUGAAGCAUGAUGUUCAGGUAUUAAACAAAACAUCAGUAAGUGCAUGGUCUUCACUGGCACAACCCAAUCACCAGCCACCACACCAAUCCCCCACUUCCACCUUCCUUCCCCCAUUUCUGAGUCAGCCCCUAUUCCAAAGGAUUCUGUCACGAGACUUCCAGCUGCCCACAGGCCUGUGCCCUCUCUCCUGUCAUCAAUCACCUCUCGUGCCCAACCUAUGCCCACCUACCCAGAGCAGUCAGCAGAACAGCAGACUGUCCAUUCCCUAGUUAUAUAAUACUGUGCUGUCGAUCCACCCAAACACAAUAUUUUUAUAACUAAUAAGAGUGUGUAAUUAAAAAAAGGGGGAAAUUGCUUCAUUUGUUUAAGGCCCCUAAGACUUAACUUUGGGUUUCCUGUUGCGUGUCUUGGAGAUUAAAGGUGACUCCUGCCAAUCUUGGAGAGUUGGCAACACAACUAUUCCCAGUUCGCCUUUUCUUAGAUAUCAGACACGUCAGGAUGUGAGAACGUCACAUUCCACAUCCACAAAAGAUGAUGAGAUGUUACUCGGGAGAGGAGGGGCUUGAAGGAAUGGGAAUCUCCUGAAGAUCUUUUCCUAUCAGAAGAAUCUUGCUGACAAACACAAUAUGUCUGAUCAAGAUGCAGAUAUCUCCAGUUCCAGACCCGAGAAGAUGGGAUUAUUCUUGUUCAGACAGAGGAAUGUUUAAGAGGUGUUCAUAAAUGUGUGGGCCGGGGGUGGGCGAUCUUGAGAGAGUAAGACAGGAGAGGCCAUUUUUCCACAGGGGGACUGGUAUCUCAAAGACAUGGGUACAAUUAACAACAAAAUCAGAUGCGAAAAGAAGGAGAUUUUCCUUUUUAAGGAAUGAAGCACGCCGUGGAAUGAGCCGUUUGAAAGAGAGACCAAAAUAAACCAAAAUGUGCUGAGGAUGUGGAGGUGAAUCCUAGUAAGAAUAGAACACGUCC